AUGAAAUGCAAGAGAAACUGGCACCUCCGUUGUCGUGCGGAUGGGCAGGCACUGUGGAAGAAACGGCACGAGGCGUUCUAUCGAUAUUGGGCCUGCUCCAGGGAUUCGUGCCGCACGGAAGUCGAGAGGCUGAAAGCCAUGGCUAUGGCUGAAUCCGAAGCCAUCGAUGUUAUAGACUCGGAUUCGGACGAGAUACAGAUCACUGGCGAAAAGGCUCCGCCGCAUAUGUUACAGAUAGGAGUAGGGCAGGACGUGGCACUUCCAUCUAACCUGGAUGAGGAAGAGCUGUAUGGAUCUACUUCUAGUCUUCCUCGUCAAUCCCAGACUACAUCGCUCAGUCGCAACCACAAUCCUGGAUCACGAUCUCGUAGCACGUUAGCCUCGCAUCUAUACACUUAUCUUCCACACGACCACGGUUCUACCCAAGCACACACCGCCCCUCGAAUCAAUCCUACGCAACCAGAAGCUGGUCCUUCAUCAUCUCGUCCCGAUCAGAUCUUGAUGAAGGCCCCUACUGCGUUUCUUGACGAAGAGCCUAUUGCUGAAGUUAUCCCAGGCCUGGUGGGCAGGGAUGCGCCACCGCACGUCAUUAGUUCAGACAGCGACAGCGACAACGACGUCCCCCUCUCUGAUACUCUCAGCUUACGCGGAUCAGAUCAGAACAUAAGAACGCACAUCGACAACAGGCAAACAAUUGGUUCGUGGGAGUCGCCACGAUCAGAGAGGCCUGCAUUUCUGUCGCAUGCACGACAGCCUGCUCCGCCACCAUCGUCUACACAUGGGACGUCCUUGCCUCCUCCUCAGCCGCCGCAUCAUGUCACGUUUCAGCGGUCCCCUCCUCCUCCGCUCCCGCGCCCUCUAAGGCGUCGUUCAUUCCGUGACCAAGCUAUCGCGCCGCGGCGGUCUAUCCCGCAUCCUAGGACUCCCCCUUCACCCACACCUAUGAAUCCCCCUACUCCCUCUCCUUCGCCUACUACCCGCACACGUUCGCCGACACCCCUCGAUACGUCAAUCAAAGAGGCUUUGAUACGCGCUCAUCAGGAUGGUAUUCGUUCCAAAACCCGCUCAGGGCCUCCCGGGCCUUUGGGUAUAGGAAACGCAAAUACUCUACCUGAUGCAGAUGUCGAGAUGGAUGAUCACGCAUCGAAUCGUGCUCCUCCGAAACCGGCGACACCAGCAACCUCGCGUGUCACAGAACAGCAUCCCGCACGGCAGCCUCCGAUGUCGGAUGCACAUGACCGGAUGCUAAACUACCGUUCAAUGCUGGAAGACGACUCUUCUAGCUCAGACGGCGAGCUCGGGGCAUGGGCACGCCAUCCGUACGACGGCGGACGCCCUUCCGGAGGAGCGUUCUCGUUGGCCCAGCUCUAUCGAGACGACACACUCCCACGACAGAACGCGCGUCAAUCGUUGCCGCGUGGGCGAGGUGGGCGGAGCAACCUCUUUACACCGCCUGUUGCGCGGACGAGGGGUACAGGCGUAGGCCGUGGUACCGGUGUGCGAGGUCCGCCGCCUCAGGCUCGCGCUUCGCGUGAUACAGACCGCGGUCCAGCAGUUGCUGGGAUAAAACGACGAAGAUUGCCUAGUCCUGUUGCGGGACCCUCGAGAGCUCUUUCUCCUCCAGAUGAUCUGACAGACAGCGAGGAAGAAGACCGUGCUCCUCGCAGACCUCGCCCCAGGCCGGUGAAACGACGCGCAGCGCCUAACGCGAUCGAGGACGAACCGAAAGAAGACGACAUGCAGUCCGACACUCUGACUCCAUCCCUGGACAACUUAAACUUGUAUACGUCACACUAUCCCUCCGACUCGCCGUCUUCUGCUGAAGUAAGCGAUGGUGGUCACGACCGCAACGGCAAGAAACCCGCGAAUUCGCCCGGCGGUCGAAGCCGGGAUACAUUCUCAACGUCGUUCUCCAGUCUCAAUUUGAACAGCACGCCCAGACGUCCACAUGUGUUCUCCGCGAAGCGCAUGUCUGCUGUUCUUCCUCCACCUACACCGAAGACUUCAUCGAAGCGCAAACACAGCCCACUGCGCACGCGGACAUUCGAGGAGAUAAGGACGAAGAUAAUGCCAGGCAGACUCCCCAAGUGGGAACAACUACCGCUCGGUGCGCCACAAGAAUACAAGGAUGCGCGGGAUCUUGAGGAAGAGUUCUUGCCGACCAUCGUGAGGUGUCAUGAUAGAAUGCUAAGAUGGAAGGCCUACGAUGAGAAGCUGGCGCAGAAAGAGGAAAUGAGGCGAGAGAGGGAGGAGCGUAGACGAGAGAGGGAGGAACGAAGGCGGGAGAAAGAGAAGAGAAGAUGGGAUCGUACAUGA